UUAGUGCUUUGCCUUUUUAACCUUCCUACGAUAACCCUCCCCUUGCUUUACCGCUGUCUUCGUAUUGUACACCGACGCCGAAGUAGUCCUUUCACUAUCGCUUCCCUAAUCCACGCUUGGCCUUUUAGUUCCUAUGGAGGAAUCCGUCGAACACAAGAGGCGCCGAGGCGAGGAGGAGGGCUUCCCGGAGAGUUCCUCGCCCGCGGCCAAGCGCCUUCACGAUGACCUUCUCCUUGAUGACGACGACGCAGGCGCCCGGGAGCAGGACCUCGCCUCCGUUAUGAAGAGCCUGGAGGAGGAGAUUUCUCUCCCGUCGCCUAUGCCGCCUCAGUCGCAGGCUGCUGUGUGGACAGACCAGCCGGAUUUGGGGUACCUCUGCGAGGCCUCCGAUGACGAGCUUGGCCUACCGCCGCCUCCUUCGGUUCCGUCAUCGUCCGUCGAGGGCGGCGAGGCCCCAGAGUUGGAAGCCUCCACUGUCGCCACCGAAGGAGGUGCGACGGAGGCUGUGGAGAUCGGUCAGAUGUGGGGAUUCGACGACGAGUUCAACGGCUACGGGUGGCCAGAUGAAGUGUUCGGGAUCGGGUCGGAGUGUUGGGUGGUGGCGGAGUCGGAGAACAGGAUGCUGUUCGAAGACGCUGACGCCGCUGACUGUUCGCCGGCCGACUUCGCGGAUAUCCCCUGGCGGUCGGAGACGCUUCCCGCCGUCUGAUCGAUGUCGGACGCAUCCAGCUUU